UGGUUGCGUUGCAUGGUGUAUGGGGAAAUGCACUUUACAUUUUCGAAAGUAGACCAUCUGAUUACUUUAUGGUUAACGUUACUUAUUUUAAUACAAUAACAGUUAAUGUCAAAUACUUUUGAGCACAGAUAGUAUGCGAAUUGGACUGGCAUGAAUCUCAGUCACCCCGAUCGGUUUAAUCUGCUUUCAAUUACUUCUGCCUUAGCAGUGCAUUCAGACGAGUGCUGUCGAUAUUGAGUUACUCUCCAGGUCAACGCGCGUGCAGAACAAACUAAUUUAGUGAAUAUGUUGGCUGUAAAUAGAAUCCCAAAAAUGAUCUGUAAAAUAACAGCCCGACACGAAUUACUCUCGUGGUUUAUAACGUUUAAAGACAGGAGUAUUCACAGCUCAGCCUGUCUAUCUGGUGCUAAUAAACUUAUGAAGAUGCUGGCCAAUAAGAAGAAAAAGCAUUGGUAUGUCACUCCUAUACAGUCUACACCUCUAGGCCAGCCCGACUUUCUGAAACCAUCAAAGAAGAAAAAACAAGAGGAUAGUGUUCGUGUAAGAACAUUAAACAACAUUCUGCUCAAAGCAGUGACUGACUUGCUGACCUCAUAUGAAGUCAACUCAGAGAUCCCUGCCUACAACGUACAAAUAUCCAAAGUUUCACUCCCACCAGAUUUCUCUUCUUGUCGAAUAUACUGGAAGACAAGUUUGUCUGCUGAACAAGACCGUCAAAUUCAACAGGCUUUAGACAAAUGUGCUCCUCGUAUACGAUACCUUCUCAUAUCGCACCAAAUCCUUGGCAGUGUUCCUCCUGUGGUAUUUAUUAGAGAUAAACAAUAUGCUGCAAUGAUGGAGGUUGAAAACCUUCUCAAGAUCGCAGAUUAUGGUUCAGGUGAAGAUGAAAUGGACAAUUUAUCCAUCAAUGAUGUUGGGGCCAGACUGCAUCCAGUGGACUCUGGGGUAAAGAAAAGACCCGUGUUGUUUGGGGUUGAUCACGAGGCACUCCACAAACAGAUUGAAGCUUAUAAACGGGACAAGGGGUCGAGAGACUCUUAUACACCGAGCUCUGAAGCAGGAGGGCUAACUCAAGAGCAGCUGAAUACACUGGCGGACAUCAGAAAGCAGAAACUCGUAGAGAAAAAGAAACUUAAAUCCAGAUCGAUGAAGGAUGAUGACAUCACUCCAAAAGACUACCUGCUAGCCAGGAGUCUUCAGAAAGAGGAAAAAGAGGAACUGGACAACAGUGAAGAAAGCCUGCUGGAUAGCCAGAUCUCACAGCUGAUGGCAGAAGACAACAGAAGGGACUAAAACAAAUAGAUAAUUUGGUGAUUUGCACUGUAUAGUGGACUUAAUAAAUUGUGGGCAUGUG